CUCUCUUCUCUCUUCUCUAGCUAGCUUUAGAUUAAUAAUGGUGGUGGUGGUAGCAAACAAGUUAAACCAUGAACUAAUGCUUCCUCCAGGUUUUAGAUUCCAUCCAACUGACGAAGAGUUGAUCAUGUACUAUCUCAGGAACCAGGCCACUUCACGCCCAUGCCCUGUUUCCAUCAUCCCCGAACUUGAUCUCUACAAGUUUGAUCCUUGGGAGUUACCAGACCAGGCAGUGUUUGGCGAGAAAGAAUGGUACUUCUUUACCCCACGCGAUCGCAAGUACCCGAAUGGUGUUAGGCCAAACAGAGCUGCUGUCUCCGGCUACUGGAAAGCCACUGGAACCGACAAACCCAUUUACAGUUCUUCCAAAUACGUCGGCGUUAAGAAAGCUCUGGUUUUCUACACCGGUAGACCUCCUAAGGGUCUCAAGACUGACUGGAUCAUGCAUGAGUAUCGCUUGACUGAUGGAUCCCGCACCUCACAACCACUUCCCAAGCCCAAACACACCAAAUCUAUGAGGCUGGAUGAUUGGGUUCUGUGUAGAAUCUACAAGAAGAAGAGCUGCCUGACCAGGGCCAUUAAUGAUCAUCAUGAGCUCAUCAUGAAUUUGAAAGCAGAGGAAGUUUCAUCUAGCGGCGGCGGCGGAGGCGGAGGCGGAGGAAGCGUCGGCGUUCAAACGACGGCGGCUUCUAAUGAUGUCUAUAAUAAUGCUGCCCUUGAUGAUAUCGAGUUGUUGGAUUUGAAGCAUCUUCCAAGGGUUUGCUCGAUUCCACACCUAUGGGAAUUGGAUUGCUUUGGAUCAUCAUCAUCAUCAAUAUUAUUCAAAGAGAAUGCAACGUUUCAUGAUUAUCUGAACAACAACGCUGCUGCCGCCGCCGCCAUAGGUGGUGGGACCCAGGGUGUCGACUCACCAUCUUACACGUCACUUAGCCCUCAGGAUGCCGUGUUUGGAUUCCAAUAUUAAUAUUAGCUACAUCAGUUAUUAGCUAGGGCGUGUUUGGCAUUUGGUGAAAUUUAUUUCAGUUUAAUUAAGACGCCGUGUUUUUAUUAGAGGCUAACUGGGUAAUUAAGUAGUAGUAGUUGUUGGGUUGGGGUUACUAUCUUAAAUUGUAUAUAAAAAAUGUAAAAUUUAGAAUAUUGUUCAAUGGAAAUUAUCAUCGUAUAUUUUCAGC